AUGAGUGAGGAGGAUGAAGAUGAUAAGUUUCUAUACGGCUCCGAUGAAGACCAAUUGAAUACAGAGAACAAUAAUGAGAAGAAAAGAACAAAUGAGGAAAUAAGUACAACCGAGAACUCAGAUAACUCUAAUAAGAGACAAAGAACCCAGAUAUUUGAUAAAAAUCUUUCAGAAACAACUUCUAUGGAUAAUAAUGAAGACUUAGAAUCUUCUGAUGAUGAAAGUGACUUUGAUUUAGUGAUAGUAGUUAGUAAAGGUAAAGAUCCAACACGUCUGGAUUCCAAUUCUAUUCUGGCUUCAUCAGCUGCCACCAUAUCUGGAGGAAUAACGAUGACAGCGCCAGUAUUGGCUACGUCUAGUGGUGAUUCUAUUAGUAUCGCAACCGACACAAAUGCAAGUAAUGAGCAAGAGAAGAGAGGAGUAUCGACAGGCGCUGAUGAAAAAGAACUGGAAGAACAAGCAAAGGCAUCCAUAGAUAUGGCUCCUGGAUCACUGGAUAUUGAUAAGGAUGGGUUAUACGAUGGUGAACCAGUAACACAAAUUGACCCCGAAGUCUUGAAAGAAAAACCUUGGAGAAAACCAGGGGUUGAUAUAAGUGAUUAUUUCAAUUACGGAUUUAAUGAAUAUACAUGGAUGGAAUACUUAGAUAGACAGGAGAAAUGGAGAGAGGAAUAUAAUCCACGAAAAAUAUUAAUGGGUCUUCUCUCAUUACAACAACAAGGUAAAUUGGAUCCUACCCCAAGCAAAGAUAUCUCAGUUAAUCAAAACACAAUACCGAAUAUGCCAGAUAUGAAUAUGGCUAUGAAUAAUAAUAUGAAUAUGAAUAUGAAUAUGAAUAGGAAUGGAAAUCCUGCUCAAAUGAUGAAUCCAUUUCCUAUGUUUGGAGGGUUUCCUCCUUUCAUGCCAGGUAUGCUACCUAACAUGAAUCAGCCACAAGCUCCAAAACAGGGUAAUACUGCUAAACCCCAACAACCCCAACAAGGACAGCAACAACCUCAACAAGGACAGCAACAAGCGCAACCUCAACAAACAAAGAAGAAAUAA